AUGAAGCACCUCGCAGCUUACCUUCUCCUCGCCCUUGCUGGCAACGAGGCCCCCUCCGCCGCUGAUAUCAAGGCUGUCCUCUCCUCCGUUGGCAUCGACGCCGAUGAGGAACGUCUCACCAAGCUCGUUGCUGAGCUUGAGGGCAAGGACCUCCAGGAGCUGAUCGCCGAGGGUAGCUCCAAGCUGGCCUCCGUUCCCUCAGGUGGUGCCGCUGCCGCUGGUGGUGCUGCCCCUGCUGCCGCUGGCGGUGCUGAUGCUCCCGCGGCUGAGGAGAAAGAGGAAGAGAAGGAGGAGUCCGAUGAGGACAUGGGAUUCGGUCUCUUCGACUAA